UGAACGAGUUGAUACUUGAAGAGAUAGCCAGAGGUGGGGAGCGGGCGGUCCAGUCUCUCUGCUCGGCACUGCGCCAAGAUGACGUCAAACAGGACUAUUUGGCUGAAAUGCUCGAACCAAGGAGCCAGACACCGGAUGUGUCACCCCUUGCGGCUCAAGUACAUUGGCAGCCUCCGUACAACAUAGUGCUGCUGGGAAGGACGGGGAGUGGUAAGAGCGCCACUGGUAACAGCAUUGUUGGAGACAGGGUGUUCGAGGAGUCUGACAUGGGGGGAUCUCAAACUAAGAACUGUGAUAACGCUAAGGCCUGUAUUAACGGAUACAUUCUCAAUGUUAUUGAUACACCAGGGUUUGCUGAUACCGAUGUACCACAUGAGACAGUUAUCCAAGAGAUAAGUAGGGUGCAUCUUCUAGCACAUAGUGGUAUACACGCCAUUAUACUGGUUUUCAGGUUCCCCCCUCGCUUUACAGACGAAGAGAAAAGGGCCUACGACAGUCUACUCCAAAUGUUUCGACAAGACAUCCUCAAGCAUGUCAUAAUCCUUUUUACCUACGGGGAUGAUUUUGAGAAGAAAUCUGAGCGACACGGUUACACUUUGGAAGACUGCGUGUUCGCUGACAGCAACCCCAAAUGGUUCAAGGAGCUACUGAAACACGUCAAAGACAGAUACGUGAUCUUCGACAACUACACAGACGACCAGUAUAAAAAGAAAUCACAAAGAUCCAAGCUCCUUCAGAAGAUACUUGAAGUCAUGGCCGGUACCAAGAAUCAGCCGUAUAACAACAAGUACACCAAGAUUGCUUCUGAGAAGUUCGAGGAAGCAUUGUUAGCUUUGGAAGACGACAAGAAACAGAGUACGGCAUCGGGGAGCACAAGCAAGUCAACAGAUGUAAAAGAAUCCGAG